UUUUAGGGAAAACCCAGGAGAGGACCUAAGAUCCCUGUGGCACUUAACCCGGAUUUGGAUCUCACAAUAUCCUAAUCGCCUGAUUGCCGUAUUUAAGGAUUUCGAGCAUCUCGAGAAAUCAGGGAAUGUUUGUGGCACAUCAAUAGCGCAAAUGAAUGAUGCUAUACUGGAUUACUACACUACAGUCAUCUUACCGACAACAGGGAGAAAUCUUUCAAAGCGAAUGGGACCACCUACCCCAGGAGGUAUGUCUUCAGCGGGAGAGAUGUCUGGAGUCGAAUCCCCGAAAGAAUUCAACACCAGUUUUAUGGAACACCUGAAACGAAGAAGAGGAACCCCAAUGAUCGGAGCGACUAUGGAUUUCAGGUACCAAGAAUGUACUGCACGAAAUAAUAAAAGUAAAAGUGUAAUUUUGGCGACCAAGUAUCAUAAGAAAAUUGUUGAGAACUCGGCCUCACAGUUGAUAAGAUACCUUAAAAGCCUUCAAGAAACAGAUGACGAAAUCGAAAUGAAGUUUUGGGAAGGUCAGUUCCGCAAGUAUAGUUCCAAAAGCAUCUUAAAGAAUGGAGAUAUCCGUCUUUGCCAGUUUGUGAAAUACUGGAACAAGGGUGAAAGUAAAGAACUAUCCUCGGGCACGCUUGAAAGGAAGAGAUACCAGAAACAAACCGAGAGUCAUGAAAGGAGAAAAUAUUCUCACGUUUCCACCCGUCGCAGUAACGAAAGUGAUGAGCUGUCGUCUGAGUCAGAAGUCUCACAAGGUUUACUCAAAAAGCAACUCACGGGCUUGCCCAAGAAGAAUGAUUGGAGCAACAAUACCCACACUGAAGCAACAGCCCGGGACUACCUGAACAAUUCCCACAUUUUUGUUAAACCCAAAGGAAAGGAUAUUAACGGAAACAGUCAUAAUAUAUGCUAUGAGUUACCCCUAACUAAAUGGCCGUAUAUCCCAAAGGACAACAAAGGUCAUUCAUAUGUACCAGAGGGCCUUGAGCAGCCUAGACGUGGCAGUCAGUUGGAGAUCUUUAUAUACAGUUGUUUAUCUAACAUUUCUGAUAAAGUGGAGUAUGAUCGCAAAGAAAAAUAUGUGAAAACUUUACGGACAAAAGUCCUAAAGAAGAGCAUCAGAUCCAUAGAACGACGAGAGAACAAGGAGUGUCAAGAUCCUAUAACAGUCAACGAAAUUAUUGCUAGUCAGGAUAUCACAAAUAGAUGUCGACGAACAACCAGUUAA